AUAAUUACAGCAGUACAGCAACUCUGUUGCACAUUUGACACUUCGUUGCUGAUACUCUGCUGAUGUGCUGUUUGUGUUGCCAAAAUUUUGCCAAAAAAAUUUGCUCAAUGGAAAUUCAUUUAAUUGUCGAUGAAAUGGGAAAAAGCGAAGAACAUUUUUUAUUAAAUUAUGAAAAAAAAAGAAGAAUUGCCAGAAAAAAACGGAAUCUUUUAUUGGAAUCAAUUUUGGAAAAAAGACGUGUAACAAAAGUACACAAUUUCUUCAACACAAUUGAGCAGUACGAUAAUGAUGUAUUCUUUUCCCACUUUCGCAUGACUCCUCACACAUUUGCCAAAUUGACACAUGCUCUGCAGCCGCAUUGGUUAACCUUUAACACUCGCUACUCCCUGAAACAAUCGCUGUAUCUUACUCUAUGGAAGCUAAGCAAUAGUCGCGUAACGUACCGAGAACUCUCUGAUCGGUUCUGCGUUGGAAAAGGAACAGCACAUAAACUUUUUUUCAUGACCAUCAAAACCAUAUGCCAACUAAAAAAUGAAAUACUUUGGCCCACGCUUGUGGAGCAACAAAGAAUUAUGGAAGAGUUCCAAUCAAAGAGAACAAAUCCAUUUCCAUUUGUGGUUGGAUGCAUGGAUGGAAUCCAUUUUAAAAUAAACACCCCCAAAAAAGAUGCAAUCAGCUAUUAUGAUCGUAAAGGAAAUUUUUCGAUAACUAUGCAGGCGAUUUGCGAUAGCAACCUACGAUUUUUAGACGUCUUUAUUGGCUUUCCUGGAAGCUGUCACGACGCCAAUGUCUGGAAAAAUAGCCCAAUUUACCAACAGAUCACCUCCGGAGAAGCUCAGCUCGCGACCACGGCCGUAAUAUUAGCAGAUUCGGCUUAUCCGCUAUCAAAAUAUUUGAUGGUCCCGUAUAGGAAUAAUGGACAUCUUUCACCAGAAGAGAAAAAGUUUAACUACUACCUCAGUUCCACACGAGUGUUAGUCGAACAGUCGUUCGGCCUUUUAAGGCAGAAAUUUAGAAUACUUAAUCACAUCGACGUUUCAACCAUAAAGAGUGCUUCGAAAAUUGUAAUGGCCUGUACUAUAUUACAUAAUUUUAUAUUAUCCCACAGCAGUGAUGCAACUUCAGACGAUGACAAUUUCUACCAAUAUAACAACGAUACAGUGGCUGUUGACGAAAAUAUUAACGAAAGUAGUGAAGGUAUUAUCAAAAGGAAUGAAUUAAAAAUGUUAUUUUCGUCAUAAAUUUUUUAUUUAAAAAUAAAUAGCAUUACAAA